UCGAGAUUCGACAUCCUUCGAACGCAGGCGUGUGCUGACUUUCUCUUGCCCUUUUUACUGACCUGACCCUGAUACACUCACUACCCGUUUUCUUGUUGUUCUUUCGUCGACCCUCUUGGCUGCAGCUGCGAUCCGCCUACCACGUGAAGCUGAGCUGCCCGCGCACGCCACACACAGGACCUUGCCCUCGCGCGUCCGCGACCACGGCAUCGAGCGCGCGCCAGCCUGGCAGACGUCGGCUGCUCGCCGCCAUGAGCAGCAUCAGGUCGCGCAUCAGCCAUGCGCGGGCCAAACUUCUGCGCCGGCAGAGCCACGUAUCGUCGUCGGCAUCGCAGUGCUCGUCCAACGGCAGCGAACGGGUCCGCACCGCGCACAGCGUGCGCAAGAGCAUGUCGCUGUCCAAGCUGCCCGCCAUCUCUGCGUCCGACGUGCCGGCAGAAGGGGACGACACGCGCAUGGUGCAGUCGGAGCUGGUGGUGCGGUCGACGGGCGGCGGCAGCGGCAGCAGCGUGAGCACCAGUAGUAGGCCCGAAACGCUGGAGAGCUCCAUGUCGAGGGAUCGGCAUCCGCACGAGGCACCGAGCCGCAACGACAACGUCAAGCUGAGAGAGACUGCGACGGCCUCGCUCCCCAACGACAGCGACGUGCCCACCGCCUGUCCCGCCGUCACGCUCGAGGAGCCCACGCCCGUGCAUCCGCCCGCACAGCCGCCUCCGGUGCUCCCCGCCCUCGCUGCAGGCGGCGCAGGCUCUGCUGGCUCAGAAGACGGCCCAUCCGAGCUCCCCUCGCUUCCAUCCAGCUCGCGACCCGCGCCCACCCGCCGCCAGUCCCUCGUGGCGCCCUCGAAUGCACGCGCUAUCACGACACUGCUCGCAUCAGACGCCGCUGCGAAUCCUGUGGCGACGGUCCCACCCACUGCCACCGAUUACUUCGCAGGCGCUUCCCACUUCAACGCCAGCAUGCUGCACCGCAAGAUCUGGGUCAAGCGCCAGAAUGCCUCGGCGACGCUGGUGCAGAUCCGUGAAGAUGACCUCGUCGACGACGUGCGCGAGAUGAUCCUCAAGAAGUACGGCAACUCGCUGGGCCGGAGCUUCGACGCGCCAGACCUCACGCUGCGCAUACUGCCGCGCGACAUCAACGCUAAGGGCAAGGAGCGCAUCCUGGGCCCAGAGGAGGAGAUGUGCAGGACGCUCGACGCAUACUUCCCGGGCGGCCAGACAGUACACGAGGCUCUCAUCAUCGACAUUCCCAUCAGAGCACGCACCCCCAAGCCCUCGCCGCGGGUGCCGCAGUACUACGCACACCAUGACGAUUCGCAGAAUCACGUUCAGACCGAGUACUUCCCACUCAUGCCCAUAGCCCAUCCCUCUCCCGCACUGCAGACCGCCGCCUCUCAUGAGACACGAGCCUCCCUCGACCAUGCGCCGCAUUCGAUCUCCAUCCUCCAGAGGGGCACGCUGCCCCCGCUGCCAUCGCCUGGAGGCCCGAGGAGGCCCAUAGCUAGCCGUCCUAAGAACCACCGCCAUAAUACCGCCUCGCCUGGUUCGCUGACUGGCGGCGUGCCGCAAUCCGCUACGAGCAGCCGGCCCCCUCGAAUCCGAAACGAUUCCUCCGCAUCCGAUAAGCACUCCGCCUCUGGAAACCCGCCCAUACCCACCCCUCCGGCACUGGCGGAUCCAAAUAUGCGACAGAACUCUACGCCUCCGACUCCCCGCGUAUCGUCUCCAAAGCCACAAAAGCGCCCAAAGAAGCAGAGACCGAUCGACACGCCGAGCUUGCCUCCGGGCUUGUUGGACAACUCCGUACCUCCAAUCAACGUAUUAAUCGUGGAAGAUAACAUCAUUAACUUGCGAGUCUUGGGUGCUUUCAUGCAGCGUCUGAAGGUGCGGUGGCAGCGAGCAAUGAACGGCAAGGAAGCCAUUGAAAAGUGGAGGGUUGGCGGAUUCCACUUGGUGCUCAUGGACAUUCAAUUGCCCAUUAUGGACGGUCUGGAGGCGACCAGGGAGAUCAGGCGGCUCGAGCGGGUCAAUAGUAUUGGUGUCUUUAGCAGCGGCAGCAGCGAAGCACCCAACACCAGGCUUGGAGACAAAGGGAUAGACCGAGAUCUUAAGGACGAUGACAAACUGGGUGAAAAGAACUUAUUCAAGAGCCCUGUCAUUAUUGUGGCGCUCACGGCCAGCUCUCUGCAGAGCGAUAGACACGAAGCGUUGGCAGCCGGUUGCAACGACUUCUUGACUAAGCCUGUCAACUUCGUCUGGCUUGAACGUAAAGUCAAAGAAUGGGGUUGUAUGCAAGCUCUCAUCGACUUUGACGGUUGGCGUCGUUGGAAAGAUUUUACCAACGCCUCCGACACCACGAACAGCACUUCAAAUCUAUCCACAAGCUACUCCAGCGUUGCUCCGCGCAGAGGCAAAGCAGCAGCCAGUCCGACAUCGAGCGCUCCCAAUGGAGCCGGACCAUCAAGUGCUAACGGUACGGCUACUAAGUCGAAAGACGACGUGGACAAGAAGUCGAAACGAAGGAGUAUGGGUGUUAUACCACCUGCACUUCCUGAGGUUGACAGCGCAGCUUCGACGCCGGAUGUUGACAGUGGAGAUAACUAGUCCCCUUGCGCCUUUCCCCAUUAUCUAUCUAUGUUCCCAUCACCAUCUGUCACCAAAAGUUUCCUUGGGCUGUAAAUUGGCAUCCAUCCGCAUGCAUUUACCGGUUGCAUUGUUCGGGGUUUCCUUAUAUUAGCCAAAUACCUAUGGUGUUUGCAUUUCCUUGCUAGCGUUACUGUCCUUUAGCGAUCUUCAUAUAUAUAUAUCUGGGAUGGAACGGGCAAGGCAGCCCCAGUUGGGAUGGGGAGCGAGCCUUCUUGUUUUUCAGGGGGUAGGCGUCUCUAUCUGUUCUUGUCUGCGAUGGGUAAGACUUGAGACGUCGGUAUACCCGCCGGAGUAAUCUUAAUCAUUUCGCACGCC